AAUUUAUAGACACUUAUCACUUUAAAACUGAUGAUUUGUAAAACAUGGUGCGGAUCCUAGUAUUCUUAGUGAAGAAAUGGAUUAGUUUGUGAUUGGUAGUGGUUUCUUAUCUUUUGUUGUAAAUUAAAAGUCAGAUUCAAGAUAAACUGGAUUUUUCACUAAUAAAUAGGCAAGGUUUACCUCUGUAAAUGCAGGAUACUGAAUGGGAGGAAUAGCGGGCCUCUGUGUACCUACCUGUUCAGACUUAGAAGGUCUCAGCUCUCAAAGGAGAAUGUCCGGAUAUGCAGGGUGGUGCACUGCAAAGUGUCCCAGCAUCCACUCUAUUCAUUGCAAUGAUUAAACAUUUUGUAGUGGGUUAAGUCAUGCCAUAUGUGUCCACCCUCUGACACCUUGCUUUGAAUAUAUUUUACUUCAGCUCACCCACCCCUGUUUCUUUCAGUUUAUGGAAAUGGUGGUUUGGUAAUUUUGCCCUCUCGGAACACGGAGAACUCUGGUCCUGGUUCUGUCGUGUGAUUCCAAGACUGAAAACAAGCGCAUGUUAAAUACGCCCAAACGCAGGUGUGCUCUCCGCUCUGUAGGAAGGUGCUGGCCUGUCCGAGAUACAGCAUCCGCGCACGUGGAGAGGAAGGGCAUGAAAGGAAACCAAUCUUUGGUGCAUAAUUAGAAUUGGAGCCCCAGUAAAUCAGAUUAGCACCUUGCAUCUAUGAGGUGUGAUGAGACUUCCCUUUUUUUUUAAACGUCACUCUCCCUGCCCCCUCCCCGCCAGCAGGGAUAGAGAGGGGGGGCCUGCUGCUCCUGACAGGCCCUCCUGCCCAGGCGGGCGGGGAAGGCUGACAAGGAGCAGAGGGCCCCGGGGUGGGGAGGCUCACUGAUGCCGACGCGCGCGGACCCGGAGGGCGCACUCCCGGGAGAGCGGGGAGCCGGCGGCGGGGCGCGCGGGCCGGGCUCUGGUGGAGGGGGCGGCGCACCCCCGGCCCGCAGCGCCCCCAACCGCGCCGCUCGAGCCCUGCGGUUCCAGGGCGCAGGGCUGGGCAGGCGGGGAGCUCCGGCCCCGGGGGCGCGGGGGCGAGCGGCGGGUCGGCGCCUGGCCGCGCCCGGGCCUCGGGGCGCGGGGCCCGGCCCGGGGGACGCGCGCGCAGGCCUGGGGCUGGCUGUCGUUGGAAGAGGACUGUCAGAAGGAUCUAGAAAGCACAGUUUUGCUGUGAAAAGCAAAGAUCUCUUACCUACGCAUUUUACAAGAAAUGUGCAGAAAGCCAUUGAUAAAUAUGCCUGUGAAUCCGUGUCGUCAUUUACAUCAAGUGGAAGCCCCGCGCCCACAGAAGCCCACAGCUCUCGGUCUGGGUCUGGGGCGCAGAGUUCUACCACUGGCCUAUCUACUGAGAGGAGCUCUGUUUGGUCCUGGAGAGAUGAUGAGUUUGACAGAGCCAAUGCACGGAAAGUUCAGCAGUUAUUCUGGGAAGUAGAGGAAAUAUUAUUCGAAGGGAAAGUAAGCCAUCAGACUCAGAAUCUACUGGCUGAAUGCAGUGAGUGGACGAGAAGAUCUCUCCAUCUGAGAGUAUUAGGAAAACAGCUCAUCCGGUCAGCUGAUGAAGGGUUCCAACAUUUCCAGGGCAGCGAGCCUGGUUCUACAGUCCAGAAACCCUUCGUUGGUGCCUGUGAACACAACAGCAACAUUAGAGAGUUGUGCAUCUCUGGCUCGCAGAUACACCCGGCGGUUCCCUCAGCCCCUGCCCGGCCAGGCCCCGACUCCACAGGAGCAGCCGAUGGAACGGCACGGUCGCCCCUGGAAGAAGAGGUUUAUGAUGUGGAUGGGAAGAUUGAAGAAUAUUUUGCUUUUGACAGAGAAGAAGAUGACGAUGAAUGUCUUGAACAAAAACCAGCUCCACAUCGCAGGGCUCGGCGUAAACACGGACUUCCUCCCAUUUCCCCACAUGACUGCGUCAAAGAUGCCGUGGCUGCAGAGGUGUUUGAUCACGUCUGGACAAAUGUGGUAGAAAUAUUGCGAAAGUUGAUUAGAAAAAACUGGGAAGUUACUCUCUCAGAAGGAAAAAAACAGAAAGAAAAGCUGAAGGCAGCUGAGAACAAAUCUCCACAUGUCCUCGUGCCCCGUAUUAACCCAGAUGUGCCAAGCGUUCCUCCAUCCAGAAGUUCUGAGACUCGGAGCAUAUCCCUGGCUUCUCAUCUCAACCCACCUCAGAUUCAUCGCUUCUCCAACAACUUUUAUAGUGAUUUGAAUAGUGUGAUGACAAUUCAAGCAAAGCCGCUCCAGCAGAGACCGACCUAUUUUGCAGACAGAACACAGAAUGAGCACGAGGACAAAGCCCUGGGGGUCGGGGCCGGUGCUCUUUGCCUGGCCCGGCACCGGUUGGGACGCGUCUCAGACACCCGCGGAUUUCAGACUUCCACAAAGAAGACGCCAGCACACAGAAGACUGCCUUCCCUUACUGCAGAGUCACAGAGAAUGAAAACCCCCUGUGUGUACAGUGAUGAAGUCCUUCGGGGAUCAAAACUGCAAGCCAGCCUCGACCACGUGUGCUCCCCAACACUUCAGGCCUCACGGAGCAGGUUACCCCCAAUAGGCUCAGAGAUGGGUGAGCCAAGUGUGGCAGUUCCCGGACCUCGCCCUCUUUCUUACCGAGGAAGGCAUCCACAAAACCAAGUGUUAAGUGCAAUUCCUGACAGUUUAGAACGGUCCCCUCUUCGAGAAAGAUCUCUGACCACAGAGCGGUUUUCAAGACCCAGCACAACACAUACAUUUCAGUCAGAUACUCCUCAAAAAGGCUCCUUGACCCUGAUGGAGUUUGCUGGUCACACGUGGACAGGCCAAAGUUUUCUGACAGGUUCACAGUAUCCAUCUAAAUCUUUUCAGAAGACAACUCUGAGUUCAAGAAAGAGAUUCCAAGUGGCAUCCUGAUGUUACUUCACCAGAACUAGAGUGCUUGCUGGAGUCUUCCAAGCCUCUACACCAUUUAUCACUUGAUACAUGGAAGAACAAGUAUUAUACAAUGUAUCUGCUUGUCUGACUGACUGAGGUGUUAGACUGAGAGAAAUGCAAACAAAGAACUUAAUUUUGACCACUUUGCAUUGCACAGCGAAUACAAGUCUCACUCACCAACCUCCUAUCAUGGAAGCAUUCCAGUAAAGGUUCUUCACGGUUUGCUCAGAAGAAUCUAGUAUGUGUUGCUGAUCCAUCAUUUUAUCAACUAUACACAAACACACACAUAACUACUUACUACAUGAGAGCGUUAUCAUCUAGGAAUAUGCCAUUUUGUAACUUGUGUCUUGACAUAUUGUUGUCUCAUUGAAUUAUUAAUUCCAUCAAAACCUUAAGUUAUUAACAGACCUUACUCUCUCUGUUCUUUAAAAAAUAGCAAAGUCAUCUUGGGUACAAUAUGCCAGUUUGACUAAGAUUCAGAUUGUUCUAGUCAUCAUGCUGACUUCCUUAUGCCUUCUGGAAAAAGUACUUAAGUCACGAACCUCAAGGAACAUCAGUGGCUAAGUGUUCCAAGCCAAUUCUGUUUUACAAGUUUUCACGUUCAAAUUCAGGCAGUUUAUUUAAAAGCAUCCCAAACUGACUGAUUUUUAAAGCUGAAUAGAAACAAUUAAAAUGUAUCACCAAUGGUUUCA